GUGGUGGCUGUUAUUAUCCUGGUGGGAGCGAGGUAGGGGUUGAAAAUGGUCCGUUUUUUUUUUCCCCUUCGUGUAGUGCCAAACUUAAGGUCAGUUCGAAAAGCGGGGGGCAGCUGAACCAAGAGGUUUGUUAUUGUCACCAGGAUCUUGUGUUUCUAGACAACUAUGAACGUAAUUGGACUAAUUCUAGUAUUGGUUGUCUCCAGUCAUACAGAGGCGCAAACUUUCACCCAGGAUGCCCUGAACAGCAUCGCCAACGGGUUAAAGGUCAAAUGGACGGUGCGGACGAAUACCAAGGAGGUCGAGCGCUUCGAAGCAGAAGUGACCUUGGAAAACGGAGCCAGCACAGAGGUUCUAAGUUACGGCCCUUGGAAGAUCUACUUCUUCUGCAUAUUUAUGAUCGAGCCCGACUUGCUUGGGAACAGGGGCAACAAGGGCGCGGAGCUUGUAGGUCAAGGAGUGAAGGUCACGCACGUGCAGGGCAGCUUUUUCUAUUUGGAGCCGACGGAAAGUUUUCUACCCCUACCUCCAGGUAGUGUGAGGACAAUUAUUUUCAAGGUUAGAUUUUGGUCAGUAGCUAGGACAGACGCCAUGCACAACUGGUACAUUGAGUAUCCAGGUCUGGAGCCUGUGGUUAUCGCAAGCACCCAGGGGGAGGACCUGGCCUUCGUUUCAGAGAGGACGUCCCCGGCGCAGUGGAAGCGUUAUGACUUUGAUGAAUACAACCCAUUUACUGCUCAGGAACGCUACGACAGAAACUACAUCCCUAACCCAAAUGACCAGUCGGAACUUCGCCUGGUACCUAAACCGCUCAGCGUCAAGAUGGAUGCGAAGGACAAUCUAAAAUAUCUGACCAUUGACCCCAGCUGGUACAUCAGUUACACUGGAGCUCUCAGUGACGAAGUGGAGUACUUACGAGAUUAUCUAAAUCUCAACCCUAAUAACGUGCUGCCGUCCAGCAACAGGCCAGGUCAGAAGGUGAUCUAUAUGAGAGUCGGCAUAGUGGACAUGCCCGCCGGAGCUAGCGGUAAACCCGACGCUUACAGCGUUGAGGUCAACGUGACGACUCAGAGGAUAACUGUGUUGGGAAACAGUGCUUCCGGAGUAUUUUACGCAGUUGCAUCCCUUAUUGCUUUGAUGAGUGAAGACAAUGAGAUUCCUGAAAUAAAAGUUAUUGACAGUCCGAGAUUCUCCUACAGAGGAUUAAUGCUGGACAUAGCCAGAAAUUUUCACCCUAAGGAAGAGAUACUGGAAAUAAUAGAACUGAUGUCUAUGUACAAAUUGAACAAACUUCAUCUACACCUGACUGAUGACGAGGGGUGGAGGCUGGAGAUCAAAUAUUUACCAGAACUCGUGGAAGUUGGGUCACAGCGAUGUCACGACUUGAAUGAAACUCAGUGUCUGCUGCCCCAACUGGGCUCUGGCCCAGACAACACUACAACAUUUGCUUCCGGUUACCUGACGGCCGAAGAUUACCUGGAGAUUCUGGAUCGGGCACGACAACGUCAUGUGACCGUCAUUCCGGAAAUAGAUAUGCCGGGACAUUCGAGAGCAGCCAUAAAAUCAAUGAAGGCUCGAAAGGAGAAACUGGCGGCCCUGGGUCAAGAGGAAUUAGGACUUCGAACCUAUCUAACAGAAGAUAACGACACCUCCCUUUAUGUUACGCCCCAGGUCUAUUCCGACAACGCCAUCAACCCAUGCCUGGAGGAGACGUACAUUUUUAUCAGCAUAGUUCUCGAGGAGCUGAUUUCAUUGCACAGGCAGGGGCGUCAACCAUUAAACACGUUUCACUUUGGAGGCGAUGAAGUUGGGGCAGGGGCGUGGGUCAACUCCACGGAGUGUAACAAUUUAAGAGUUGCUGGACAACUGCUGGGAGGAUCACCGAAAGCCCAUUUCUUCCAGAGACUGUCCAGUCUGGCCAUUGCUAAAAAUGUUUCGCUCGCUGCCUGGGAAGACGGUUUAAUUCAAGUAGGAAAUGAGCCUUUCAAUCUGUCAACCUUACCUGUCAAAGAUGUGCAUGCCUAUACCUGGGACAAUGUGUGGGAGUGGGGCACCACCUCCAGGACUUACACGCUAGCUAACAGGGGAUUCAAGGUAGUCAUGGCUCAUGCCAGCCACCUGUACUUUGACCAUCCUUACGAACCCGAUCCUGAAGAAAGGGGCUACUACUGGGCAACACGUUUUACAGACACAAAGAAGACAUUUUUAUAUAACGCUGUUCGUUACUAUGACAACCUGCAGACACGCAGAUCUGGGCAACCAAUAGCAGACGACGAAUUGUGCGGUUCGGACGGGCUGAGUUGUCCCCCUCUUAACAACCCAAACAACAUCGUUGGUUUGGAGGGCACCUUGUUUAGUGAGACAACCAGAACAAAAGAGCACCUCCAUAACAAACUGUUUCCUCGCCUGCUCGCGUUGGCUGAAAGGGCCUGGCACGAGGCUCCAUGGGAGAGCUUGCCCAAAGGCGCCGAGAGGGAGGCCAUGACGCAAGAAGACUGGUACUCCUUCGCAAGAGCUCUGGGUCACAGGGAACUGAAACGAUUGGAUAAGCUUGGUGUGAUGUACACCAUACCGCCCCCUGGUGCCAGGGUCGACCACGGAUUUCUUCUGACCACGCCCCUUUUUCCUGGUCUCCGUGUCCACUACAGUUACAAUGCCGGAGCUACGUGGAUGGACGCCUCAGGCCCCACGGUCAACGUUGGUGAUUAUCAAUAUCAAAUAUGGCUUAGGACUGCAAGUGCCGAUGGAAAAAGACAAAGUCGAAUGAUUAACUUAAGUCCAAUCCCUCCACUGCCAGCUGUCACUCAAGCAACCAUCGACUACAUAAGUCAGUACCUUGUGGUCAACUUCACAGUAGUGGACAAUUACUUGACCUAUGGUGAGCAGUACUACGUGGUCAAUGUCCAGCUAAGUAACAAUGGUAACAGGAGCAUACCAGCUGGCAACUGGCGCAUCUACUUUAACUCAGUGAAUUCGGUGGAAGCCGAGUUCCUGGAAGAAGGCUACAACUACCUGGACGUCAAGUUAAAGAUGACCAUUGACCACGUGAAUGGUUAUCUGUACAGUCUGGGUCCAGCUCCUCUGUUUCCUGGCCUGGACAGAUGGGAGAAUCUCAACUUUACAUUUAGGAUAGCCAACUGGUGCGCUUCACGUUACGAAUCUAUGCCCAGAUGGUACGUGAGCGCCCCGGGAAUGAGUGCACGUGACCUGGUGAGCACUGAAGGAGAGCUCAUAGACUACGUCACUCCGUUCACCAAGAAAGAGCAGUGGCAGAGAUUUGCUAAAGAUCAGUUUGUCCCAUGGACUCCUGGAGUCCGAUACGACAGAAACGUUGACCGUGACUUAGCCCCGCUGCCUGCCUCACUAAUCAUCCCUACGCCUGUCAGUUUCAAAAGUCUGGACAUUGGUCGUUUCAAGCUCAUGGACGAUCUGGUGACCAUCGUGUACGCGGAUUUAACGCUCAAAGACGUGGCGGAUUAUCUCAAAGAGAUGUUGACUAAGUUAGUGCCAGGCAUACGACUGACGGUCAGUUCCAGUACUCCUGAAUCAGACUUGAUUCUCUUACACCUCGGUGAAGUGGCCGGCAAUAACGCUAGCGACGAGAUAUAUAAGGUGAUAGUCAGUGGCAAAACUGUGGACAUUAGUGGGAAGACCAUCAAGGGAGUUUUCUACGGAGCAAUUUCUUUGAUUCACCUGGCCUUCAAGACAUCACCAGCGGGGUCUAUACCUCACUGUGAGAUUAUCGACUGGCCCAGGUUUCCUUACAGAGGUCAGCACGUGGACACUGGGCGAAAUUUUCAGCCGAAAGAAACAAUUCUGAAACUCUUGGAAGUUAUGUCCCUUUACAAGUUAAAUAAGCUACAUUUUCACCUGUCUGAUGAUGAAGGUUGGAGGCUGGAGAUACCAGGACUAGAAGAGCUCACUAUGAUUAGUUCCAGACGAUGCCAUGACCCGGAAGAGAGGGAGUGUGUCAUGUCUACAUUGGGCUCUGGGGCUGGAGUGGACAACAGUGGAACUGGCUACUACACAAUUCAAGAUUACAAGGAAAUUUUGCACUAUGCCAAUGUUCGACAAAUUGAGGUCAUUCCAGAGUUUGACAUGCCAGGACACGCCCACGCCGCCAUUGUGGCCAUGAAAAAUAGACAAAGAAAAUUUUCAGAUAUAGGUAACAACACUGAGUCCAAGUGGUACAGUCUGCAUGAUGAGCAGGACUACUCUCGUUAUUUCUCUGUGCAGACCUACACGGACAAUGCGGUCAACCCGUGCAUGGAGAGUACAUACAGAUUCAUAGAGCAUGUGUUCAAUCAAGUGAAAGACAUCCAUCAGUCUAUUCAACCUCUUGGUGUAUAUCAUUUUGGUGGAGAUGAAGUGGCUAGAGGUGCAUGGCAGAACUCCACAGCGUGUGCACCAUUCUUAAAGGAAGGCAUCAACUUGAAGAGAGAGUUCACCAGACGAGUCAGUGAAAUAACAAGGGAAGUUAAUCUUGGAGCCUGGGAAGAUGGCUUGAUGGAUCACGAGUCUAUCCCUUGGACUAGAUCCUUACUGCUGAAUAAAGAAGUGAUAACACAGACAUGGCAAAACGUCUGGGAGUGGGGCGCAGCCGCCCGACCCUACAACCUGGCCAACGCAGGCUACAAGGUAGUUUUAGCCCCCGUGACCAGCUUGUACUUGGACCACCCCCAAGAGCCGAGCCCCGAGGAAAGUGGCUUCUACUGGGGCACCAGGUACACGGACGCCUUCAAGACUUUCUCCUUCAUGCCUGACGACUACUACAAGAACAUCGACAUGAAGAGGUCAGGGGAGCCAAUCACCACGAAAGAAGUAUGCAAUGAUGAUAAUUCUGGUUGUCCCCCUUUGAAACGUCCAGAGAACAUUAUUGGUCUUCAAGGUCAACUCUGGUCCGAGAUUGUCCGGACACCGGAACAGUUUGACUACAUGGUGUACCCACGUCUCUUGGCACUGGCUGAGAGAGGUUGGCACAAGGCAUCAUGGGAAGGCCAUGAAAAUAUAGCCUUCAACAAGGACUUGAAAUCUGAUUGGUCCAGAUUCGCCAGGAGUUUAGGCUCGUCUGACUUGGCCAUCUUGGACAAAAUCAACAUAUCCUACAGAGUGCCUCCACCAGGGGCCAGACAAUCUGGGGAUAAAGUGCUUACCAAAGUCGAGUUCCCUGGACUUAAAGUUCAGUACAAGACAACGUCAGAGUCCACCUGGUCAGAGCUGGAUGAUUCAAAAUCGUUCAAAGAUGUCAGUGAGGUUAUUCUCAGGACGCUCUCAGCAGACGGGAAAAGGUUCAGCACUGAGGUCAAGGUCAAAAUGGUUAAGACUCCUGUGCAGGUCAACAAUAGAGCGCCAGCAGCAGUGUGUGGUAGUUGUAUGUUUUUGUUGGCGCUCUGUAUUCAUAUAUUUUGUCCAUCUUUAUUGUAAUAUGAAUGUAUAGUAGUAUGGAUUUAUAUUACACAUUUCUCUAGAUACGGGCUUUUGUUGUUAUAUAUACUAGUGGCGUAGUUUAGGAAUUUGCCAUCAUUUGGGGGCCCUUGGGGCUUGACCUGUUUAGUGACCCAUGCAUCUUGACAUUCGACAUCAUGGCAUGAGAUAAUGAUGUAAUCAUUAAUAAUUAAUGUUAAAAAAAUCGAACACUCAUUUUGGGACCCCCUCAAGUGGGGCACCGUGGGGAUUUUCAAAAUAUCCCCCCCCCAACCGUAGCUACGCCACUGAUAUAUACUGUAUGCUAAACAUCUGUAUAUGGUUUCAUCAUUGAAUGUUCUUGUGAUAAAGAAGCUACUAUAUUAGAUGUGUUUUGAGGCUCUGACCUGUAACCCUUGGCUACCAGGGGUGCAUGUUCAGAGUUCUAGUCCUUCUAAAAAUUGAAAUCGUCUCUUGAAAUAGGUUAAAGAUAAGGUGUCCAUCUAGCCAGUGUAGAGGAUACAUUUGUCAUGGAGAUAUUCGAUGCUACCCCCUCCUCUUGCUGUAAUAGUUACCUGGCAUCUAUUUGGGACAGUAGGUGUUAUAGGUCAACGUGGUAGCCACAUAACAAACAAUACCUGUUGAGUGGAGUUGCUGAGCUUUCAACUGCCCUGAAGACAUAGAUCUCAUAGCAAGAGUUUACAAUGCCUACUCUAUUAUGAAAUCCAAAAUGUUGUGUUGAAAACGAGUAUUUUAUCAUGCCUGUGUAAGAGACUCGUGAAUAUGUUUUGCUUUAUCUUGGGAAGUGCUCUACUGCUUAAAGUUUGAUCAGUUUUACUGUAUGCAACAAUCGCCUGUUUUGUUUCGCUAGGCAUGUUUUGUUGCCUGUACUUUGAACUACUGUUGUCAUAGAAACAAAAAAAAAUAAAACAUUUAGUGUAAAAUAGUAUGCUUUGUAUUUAUGCUCACUGGAU